CAGAAAUGCUCGCAGAUGGGUGCGUAUGGAGCCUCUUGGACAACCUCAAGCUGGAUAGAGACAAUCACACAUGCUGCCAAGAAAACCCCAAACAGACUUGAAAGACCAAAAUCUGGAUGUGCCGUAAAACAUCUUUACACAGCAGCCAUGCCCCUCCACAACCACGCGGUGAAAGAGGCCUGGACGCAAGACGGGUUUCAAGAGCUCGAGGAUUCUGCUCCAGCACUGAAGCUACAAGUUCAGAAGUUAAAAAAGAAGAAAGAAGAGGCAAACGGCACAACAGAAGCCAAUAGUACUGUAAAAGAAGCCAAGCCCAAAAAGACAAAGAUUAAGAAAUAUGAAGAUGUUUCCGACGAGGACAGUCCAGCCAUCCAAAAUGGAAAGAAGGUGAAGAAAAAGAAACCAGAAAAAGAGACAGAAGAACCAGAAAAGGAAAAAGACAAAGAACCGAAAAAGAAAGCCAAAAGCGCUCCGAAAAAGAAGAAAGGUUCCGGCUCAGACGCCGACGAGGACGAUGACAACGAUGAAGACGCCUCCAAAAAAAAGACGAAGAAAAAGACAACAAAGGACGGCUCUUCGUCUGCAACCGCUGCCAAAGAAAAGAAAUCUAAAUCUAAAGACGACAAAGAUUCUGAUGGAAAAGAAAAAAAGGCAAAGUCAAAGGAGAAGGACAAGAAGAAAGACCCAGCUUCUCUGUUCCAGAUAAACGGAGACAAAGACUCAAAAAGCAAGAAGAAAGCUGCCAAAUCAGACAGCGAGGACAGUGAAGAGGAGACAAAGACGACCAAAUCGAAGAAGAAAUCGACCGCCGGCUCAGCAUCCAUGUUCCAAACAUCAGGAGACAGGGAAAAAGAGAAGAAGACCAAGAAGAAAGCAAAGGCAGAAGAGACCGACGACUCUGACUCCGAAAAAGAAGAGAAGUCCAAGAAGAAGAAGGGCAAAGGGAAGAAGAAAAAGGAGAGAUCGCCGUCGCCUGAGAUUGUGUUUGACAGCUUGGAGAAGUUUGUGAUGGAUCCGGCUCCGCAGGGCGUGACCAUCAAAUGCAGAGUGACCCGAGACCAGAGAGGGAUGGACAAGAGCCUCUAUCCCACUUACUACUUUCACCUCGACAACGCAAAGAAGACGUUCCUGUUGGCCGGCAGGAAGAGAAAGAAAUACGGAACUUCGAAUUACCUCAUCUCCAUCGACGCCACGGAUUUAUCCAGAGGUGGAGAGAAUUUUGUUGGGAAGCUGAGGUCCAAUUUAAUGGGGACUAAGUUCACCGUAUUUGACAACGCUCGGAAUCCAGAGAGAGCUCUUCCAGACAUGUCCAAUGCACGGCAGGAGCUCGCAGGCAUCAUCUAUGAAACAAAUGUUUUAGGGAUGAAAGGACCGAGAAGGAUGUCGAUUAUCAUUCCAGGGAUGGACAAGGACAACGAGCGAGUACCUCUACGUCCAAGAAAUGAAUGUGACGGCUUGCUGAUAAGGCACCAGAAUAGAAGGAUGGAAAAUCUGAUCGAGCUUCACAACAAGACGCCGGUGUGGAAUGACGAAAGUGCAUCUCAUGUGCUCAACUUCAACGGCAGGGUCACCCAGGCCUCCAUCAAGAACUUCCAGAUCGUCCACAGCAAAGACUUGGACUACAUCGUGAUGCAGUUUGGCCGCAUCGCCGACGACAUCUUCACGCUGGACUUCAACUACCCGAUGUGUGCCGUGCAGGCCUUCGCCAUCGCACUCUCCAGCUUCGCUGGCAAAAUCGCCUGCGAAUGACAGAAAGUAUUUUUCCAGUCGUCUUCUCCCACUAAAACCGGUAUUGCAACACGCCCACUUCACGACAACUCUUUGGACUCGCCUUUCAACGCUUCCUGUGAUUGGCGGCGACCGCGAGCGACGGUUCCCUCUCAUCGUGACGAUACCUGCUGCCGCGCUUCGGUCUCCUGUUACCGUCUAAUCUGAUCUGAUCUGGCCCCACACAGGAGAGUGCUGGCUUCUGUCCCGGUAAUUCAGUUGAACCGUCAGGACUUCUGUGGAUCACAGAGAGACACACAUCCUUUCAAAGGACCCCAGUGACUGAAGAGUGAAGGGCCCUGAAGGGGGUGAUGGGACCCCUGGAUUAGGAGGGUUACGAACAUCAUUAAAAGAUGUGGUUUUCUAUGCUGUCUUGUAUUGCUGUGUAUUUGAUAUAUCAAAUGUUUAUGUCUUGUGUCACAUGUGACACAAAUGCAAGCAGACCAAAAAUGAAGGCAUGAUAAAAAUGUCUAAACAGUCUAAACAGCUUAAAUUAUUGCUUACCUUAUGAAAUAACUAGCUUUAAAAUAAUAAGGUACUUUUAUUAAGUCUCAUUUAACAACUGUUAAAUGUUUAGAGAUGUUGACAUGCAAAUUCCAGGUUUCCGGUAUAGUUAGAGUGACAUAGAAGUUGAUUAUAUAAAAAAGGAGUUUCUUUAGUUCUUAUAUUUGUUGUUAUAACGUUGUAACAUGACAUUUUGACAAAAUAGAGACGAUCUCUCUGCUUUCUCAGAUGAUAUUUUAGCGCCUGUCGGAUUUUCAAUUUUGUACUUUUUGGUUCCAAAGUUUUAUAAAAUGUAUUUAUUUUUCUGAACACUGCCUUUGUUGCAUUUUUAGGCUUAUUUUAAAAAUAUUAUUUCAGAAAGCACCUUGUAUUUGCAUUAAAGGAACAAUGUGUAGCAUUUUGAGGAUCGAUUGGCUGAGAUAGAAUACUAUUAAUAAGUAUGUUUUUGUAAAGUAUAUGAAAUCAAAGUUUCAGUCGUUGCAAUCUGCAACCUCACCACUAGAUGCAGCCAAAUCUUACACACUGCACCUUUAAUAGCGUUAGUUGUUGGUGUUUGUGUCGACCUGCCCAGGGACUACUGGUGGAAAAUAGCUUGCAGCUGAAUCUCUUUUCCUUGUAUAAGAUUGUUUUUGCACAUGGUCAAAUAAAUGUAAUAAACUAAACUUAUUCAUUU